AUGGCGUGGCAGCCGGAACAAGAAGCUCUGAGGCAAUUGUCAGGAUGCUUAAAAGACUCGUUAAGUGGCCACGACAAGAAUGCUCAGAAGCAGGCCGAGAUUGAAGGUGCCAUGGCAGCUCUGUCGAAGAUCUGUGAAGAUAAUCGAAAAAUGCUGGACAAAGAGUAUCAAGGGCAACGACCACUUGCUUUCAUUAUUCCGAAACUUAUUGAGUUUGCUGCGAAUGAGAGGCCUAGAAUAAGAACUUUGGCAUUGACCAGCUUGAAUAUAUUCAUUCCGCACAAACCGCAAGCCUUACUUGUUUCUCUAGACGACCUUCUUAACCGCCUCUUCCAGCUCGCCAGCGACCCCUCAAAUGAAGUUCGACGACAAGUCUGCCGAGCUUUUGUCCAGAUUGUGGAGAUUCGACCCGAUAAGAUCCUUCCCCAUAUCGGUGGUCUGGUUGAUUACAUGAUAGCACAGCAACGAAAAACUGAUGACGAGGAGUUAGCAUGCGACGCCGCCGAGUUUUGGCUUACUGUUGGAGAACACGAUGAAUUAUACACUGCCCUGGGUCCAUAUCUUGACAAAAUUAUCCCUGUGUUACUUGAGAGUAUGGUAUAUAGUGAAGAGGAUAUUGCUAUGCUUGAAGGAGGAGGCGAUGAUGCCGAUAUUGAGGAUCGCGCCGAGGACAUCAAACCAAAGUUUGCGAAAAACAAGGCCGCUAGGAUGCAAGCAAAUGGUGCAAACAAUGGCGCAGCAAACAGUGAUUACGCCAAGCUCGCAGGCAUGGAUGACGAUGACCUUGAUGAGGGGGAAAUAGGCGACGACGAUGAUGAUGAUGAGGCCCCUGAAGACAGAUGGAAUUUAAGAAAGUGUUCAGCUGCAGCACUUGAUGUUUUCGCGAACGAUUUUCGCGAACCAGUCUUCAACACGAUCCUUCCAUAUUUGAUGACCAAUUUACGACAUCAGGAAUGGCCAUAUCGAGAAGCAGCGGUUCUGGCUCUCGGAGCUGUUGCUGAAGGCUGUAUGGCCGUCGUUACUCCACAUUUACCUGACCUGGUACCCUACCUGAUCUCACUCUUGAACGAUCCUGAACCCUUACUUAGGCAAAUCACCUGCUGGACGCUUGGUAGAUACUCUGCUUGGGGGGCUGGGCUUCAAGAUACGAAUCAAGGAGCACAGUUCUUCGAGCCUAUGAUGGAGGGCAUCCUGACAAAGAUGCUGGACAACAACAAGAGGGUACAGGAAGCUGUUUCUGAUCAAUCACGGGAAUUGUUCCCACUCUUAGAAUGCUUAUCGUAUGUCGCUACUGCUCUGGCAGAAAGCUUCGCCCCAUUUGCCGCCCCCGUUUUCACGAGAUGUGUAACAAUCAUCCAUCAAAAUUUGAAAGAAUCCGUGGCGGCGGUCAAUAAUCCAGGGUUAGAUGCUCCGGACAAGGAUUUUCAAGUAACUAGUUUGGAUUUGUUGAGCGCUAUUAUCCAAGCAGUUGACGAUAAGCAAUCUGCAGCGCUCGUAUCCGGUUCGCAGCCCCAACUUUUUCAACUUCUCGUAUAUUGCAUGGAGGAUCCUGAGAACGACGUCCGCCAAUCAUCCUACGCAUUAUUAGGGGAUUGUGCGAAAUACCAAGCAAUAUUUCUUUCCACGAACAUCACUGCGUUUGAGAUCGACAUACAAACCUAUAAAUAUCGAUAUGAACAAAGGUGGCUCCCGGAUUCAUUUCGCAAAAUCCAAGCAUAUUGCAAUCUCGGAAUUGAAAUGUUCACAAUAUGGAGAAAGUCAACCAGCAAGCAUGCAGGAGCUUGUUUGCAAAACAUGUAUGAAACAUUUGUAUUUACAAAAGAGAUUAACGCUAGGAAGGUUACGUCUUAUCGCAUGGAUGGUGAUGAUUAA